ACAAAACAAGAAAAGUUCUUAAAAGACAAACCAAACCACUUUUCAUAAAUCAAACUUAAGUGGUGCUUUUCCCACAUAAAGUCCAAAUAAAAAGCCACUAUAAUUAACCAUGAUCUAAGAGAGAAACUCUCAAAUUGAAGAGAGAGUUGUUAUUAAUUACUUCUCUCUUAAUUACUCUCAAGAUGGGAAUAAGAAAUAUUAACUUCCAUGUUCAUCAUCAAGACAUGGAUGUUUGCUUUCAAGCUCCAAAUAAUUUCAUUGAAUGGUUAAAACCAUCAUCUAAUAAUUCUUCUUUAUCUCCUUCACCUUCUUCUUCCUCUUCCUCUUCAUCCAUACUAAUUAAUCAUGAGCCAACAAAUCCCAUGACUACUUUCUUGAAACUUCCUCUCCUUCACAAUCCAUCACAACAAGUAGAAGAAAAUAUUUACAAUAUUAAUCAAACAAUUCAAUGUUUGCCUCUUCUUAGCAAAUUAACCGAUCCGAAAACGGAGAAGAAGGAGGAAGAUUAUCAAGUGAAGGAAGAAAAUAUGGAGAAAGUUAAAGUGUCUUUGCAUAUAGGGCUUCCUGAUGUUGAUGAAGCAAAGCCUUUUAACUUCAACAAGGAAGAAGAAAAUAAGGAGAAAAAUACUAGUACUAUUAUUAAUAAAGGUUGCAAUUUCAACAGUGAGAGUAGGUUUUGGAUCCCAACACCAGCACAAAUUCUUGUUGGUCCCAUGCAAUUUGCCUGUAAUAUUUGCAACAAGACCUUUAAUAGGUACAACAACAUGCAGAUGCACAUGUGGGGACAUGGUUCUGAAUAUAGAAAAGGACCAGAAUCACUUAGAGGAACACAGCCAGCAGCAAUGCUGAGGCUACCAUGCUAUUGCUGUGCUCAUGGCUGCAAGAACAACAUCAACCAUCCAAGGGCAAAGCCAUUAAAAGAUUUUAGGACCCUUCAAACACAUUACAAGAGGAAGCAUGGUGCAAAAGCAUUUAGUUGUAGGAAAUGUGGCAAGACAUUUGCAGUGAAAGGUGAUUGGAGGACACAUGAGAAGAAUUGUGGCAAGUUGUGGUAUUGCACUUGUGGUUCUGAUUUUAAGCAUAAGAGGUCACUUAAAGAUCAUAUUAGGUCAUUUGGCAAAGGCCAUUCUCCUCUUGAUGGAUUUGAAGAUAAUUGUAAGGAGUAUUGUGUUAGUACUGGUGGAUCUAGUGAUGAUGAUGAUGAUGAAGUUAAUUGAGAAGAUAAAAGUUAUUCUUCAAGAGUAAUCAAGAAUUUCUCCCUUGCUAUAACUCAAAUGAAAUUCUUGACUACUCUUGGAGUUGGAGUUCACAUAAGUGGAUAAAUUAAGGUCCUUUUAUUAGGAGUUUAAGUUUUAUACACUAUCAGUGUAAAUAUUUUUCAUAUCAUCGGGUCGACAAUAUGGGAUUUGAAAAAAAUUAAAACAAGAUACGUUACCUGGUAGAACGACAGGUAAAAUUGACCUGAUUGUGUGAAAAUUAUUUACACUAACAAAGUGUAUGUUACUUAAAUAUCUUGUUUGUUUUUGUUUUUUUGUGUGUGAGUGUUUGAUGAAUAUGGUGUAGCCCUGGCAAUUGCUCAGCAACAAAAAAAUCUCAGGAAGGGAGGGGUUUGUUGAGGAGCAUUAGCAUGGUGGUGAUCAUUUAAUAAGUAGUAUUACUUAGAUAUACAGAGCUGGGUUUUUUUCUUUUUGUUACUAAUUUGUGUAAUGUAACAAUAAGGUUGAUGACCUUAUAAAACAUUGAAGUGCAUGAAGCAGGUGAAUUUUCUCUUUGGCUAUACUACUAGCUAAUAGGUUUAUUGGAGUAAAUUUAUCAGCUUCAUUGCUAACUUGUAAUAUUCCAUAUUGUAAUGAAUUGAGUUUAAUUGUGUGACAGAUUUACCUCA